UCCUGCCCCGCGCCCCGACCGCCUGCUACGGCACCUCAAUAACAUCGGCCAAAAUCCAAGUGAAUGGAGUCCACUUGCAUUACCAGCAGACAGGAGAAGGAAGCCAUGCAGUUCUUCUGCUUCCUGGAAUGCUAGGGAGUGGUCAAACUGACUUUGGCCCACAGCUCAAGUCUAUGAAUAAGCAGCUUUUCACGGUUGUUGCUUGGGAUCCUCGAGGAUAUGGACAGUCCAUUCCUCCAUCUCGAGACUUUCCUCCAGAUUUCUUUGAGAGAGAUGCAAAAGAUGCUGUGGAUCUUAUGCAGGCACUGAAAUUUAAGAAGUUCUCUUUGCUGGGCUGGAGUGAUGGUGGAAUUACAGCACUCAUUGCAGCUGCGAAGUAUCCAAACCUUAUCCACAAGUUGGUUGUCUGGGGAGCAAAUGCCAGUGUUACAGAGGAGGAUGUGAGGAUUUAUAAUGGCAUCCGAGAUGUUUCCAAAUGGAGUGAAAAGGUCAAGAAACCACUGGAAGAUAUGUAUGGACACCAGUACUUCGCAAAAACCUGUGAGGCUUGGGUAGAUGGAAUAUCUCGCUUUGCUGAAAAUUCAGAUGGUAAUAUCUGCCAACAGUUGCUGCCAGAUAUUAAAUGCCCCACAUUUAUAAUUCAUGGUGAGAAAGACCCUUUGGUUCCACAAGCUCAUGCAGAAUACAUUCAUAAGCACAUUAAAGGCUCUCGGUUGCUCCUGAUGCCAGAAGGAAAGCAUAAUCUACACCUGCGUUUUGCAGAGGACUUCAAUAGACAAGUGGAAGAUUUCCUACGCUGACUUAAACUCUAAAACAAGUUAGAGGUGCUUGUCCUUUGCCUUGUUUAGAAAUUUUAGAUAGCUUUCCAUUUUCAUUCAAGUAAUAGGUAGGUUUGAGUCCUGUAAGAAAAAAAAUUAAACAUUUGCAUGAGAAACAUACAUUUUGAGACUAAGUAAGCCUCAGUGAAUCAGAGCACACAAAUGUGCUGCAAGACUUCUGAAAUGUCUUUAAACUCACUUCAUGCCACACAGGAAGAACAGCUGUCCUAUGUCCAAUAAAGGUGUCAAGAAAGACAAAACGUGAUCUAGAAUACAUGCCUUUAUGUGCUCAUAACAUUAAAGGACAAAAAACAU